AUGUGCCACCCCAGCUGCUCCGCCGGCUGCCGGCCGCAGGCCGCCCACUGCUCGUCCAGCCCCUGCCAGGCGUCCUGCUGCCCGCCCGGGAGCUGCACGCCCGCCGUGUGCGUGGUCCCCUCUCGCCAGUCCUCCGGGUGCAUCCAGCCCUCCUGCCCCACCCCGGCCUGCAGACCCAUCUCCCAUGGCACCCCUUCCCACUGCUGA